GAAAAACAUUUUAUUUGCUCAAAGCAAAACAAAAACUAAUGUUUCUUACUUGAAAGCAUACGCAAACAGAUAGGUAAAGUAGGCAGAUACACAAUAUAUCGAAAUCUGGGGCAUCAAAAACACGCAACUACUCGAAAUGGCAGGCAUCAACAAUUAUUCUACUUUGAUGUAUGCGGCUAAUCGUGAACCUUAUGAGGAAAGUGAGGUCAGAGGUAAUUUGCCGCCUACAUUAAUAAAGCCUACACAUUUUGGUCGCAGUAUUGAUGAUCGCGAAAAGGCCUAUGUGGAAACAAUAAAUGCCGACCAGGACGCUAUUACCAAAAUCAAAUAUGUCAAUUCUGAUCGAGAUCUAUCUUUGCCAUUGGAGAAACAUAAAGUGCUGGAUAAAUUUUUUGAUAGUCAGGAGGAUGAUAUAUCUCUACGUAAGUACCUCGUUUUCGGCGUACAGUGGGUCUCUCUGGUUACCGAGAAUUUGCUAAGUCAUCCGUUCAUUGUGUUACGACGCCAAUGUCAGGUGUACAAUGCUUCACAGAGCUAUCAUCUGCAACCACUCACAUUGUUACCCAGCAUUGUGCAUCUACAUAGACGACAAGGCAUGACAACACUGUGGAAGGGCUUAGGAAGCUGUUUGCUAAUCCGCGGUAUGUCACUAGCCGUGGAUGAUGCUAUUUCAAAAUUUACUGCCUGGCCUAAGGAGGUAGACAGUCGCACGUCACUAAAAAGCUUUCUACAGCAUAUCUUACUUAAAUGCAUUAGCAUUGGACUGGUCGUGCCUUUCUAUGCUGCCUCGCUUGUAGAGACGGUCCAAAGUGACAUAGCCAGCGAAAAGCCCGGACUGUUUGAUGUAUUUCGUGAAGGAAGUCUACGUUUGUUCUAUUGGAGCUCCCCACAAAAAGGUCGCAUGCUGCCAGCUUGGGCGUUAAUUGGUCCCAGCGUUUCGUUGGGUAUUACAAAAUAUUUGUUUAACCUCGUUAUCCGAGGCGUUAGCUCCCGUAUUAUGCGUCGAAGGCUUUCACAAAUGCAAGAUAAGUGUGGCAACAAGUUUCGCGAUGAUGCGCUAGAGCAUCAAAAUGCCGAGAUCUAUGCCAAUUUGAUUGCUAUGCUGACCACCGAGGUGAUAUUUUUUCCUUUCGAGACCAUACUACAUCGGAUACAAUUGCAGGGCACCCGAACUAUCAUCGACAAUCUUGAUAAUGGAUAUGCGGUAGUACCUAUAUUAACAAACUAUCAGGGUGCAAUAGAUUGCUAUCGAACGACUAUAAUAUCGGAGGGUUUUGCUGGGUUGUACAAAGGUUUUGGUGCCAUGGUUUUGCAGUUUGCUGCUCACGUAGCCGUUAUUAAACUUGCCAAGUGGAUUGUAGGGCAAAUUCAGGAAGUCAUCUCGAAUCGGCCGCCAGCGCGUAUUGUACAAUAUUAUAAUUUGGAUCGUGGAUCUGGAAAUUCGAAUGCAACAACAAUAUCGCCAAGCAUCUCAAGCACGGAGAUAGAUGUACAUAGUGCUGGCCAAAACUCAUUGGAUUAAUUUUGUGUUAUUGUUAUAGUUAGACAAGUAGGCUCAAGCUACCAGGGGGCACACCUGAGGGGCAUGUUUAUUUUAUUCUCUCUAACAAAAUUUUUGUGAAUUAUAAUUUUUAAAUUGUGGGCGGGAAGGCGAAGAAUGUUCGCAAUUAUAUAUAUCCAUAACUUCUGUUUCGUUUUGCUGUGAUAACUUACUCGCUCGCCAAACGAGUUUUUCCUUUUUUCACAAAAAAUAAAUAGUAAUCCAUAAAUGUCAUUCAAUGAGAAAUGGAGAAAAAUUUGUA